AUGACGACGUUAAUGAUGCUUCCCGAUGAUUUGGUAUUAAACUGCAUAGCCAGAGUUUCAAGAUCGUACUACCCUAUUCUAUCCUUAGUUUGCAAAAGAUUCAGGUCUCUCCUUGUUUCAACGGAGCUUUACCAAACUCGAACCCUCUUAGGCUGCACAGAGCCUUGUCUCUACGUAUGCUUAAAACUCCCUACCUAUUACAGCCGUCAACACUGGUUCACUCUUUGCCGGAGACCAACUAAUAAUGGUUGUAAGAAAUUUUUGCUCCCAAUUACAUGUCCCAAUUCUCCUUGUACGUACCAGUCGGAUUUCGCAAGGGUUGGCUCUAAGAUCUACGCCAUUGGCGGACGACUCAUAAGUAGCCGUGAGGCAACUUCUAGCGUCAUGGUCAUGGAUUGUCGUUCCCACACGUGGAGUGAUGCCCCGAGCAUGCUAGUCGCACGUGCGGCCCCUUCUGCUUGCGUCCUUGAUGGCAAAAUAUAUGUAACCGGAGGCUGCGAAAAUCUCGAUGCAACUAACUGGAUGGAGGCAUUCGAUACAAAGACUCAAAAUUGGGAGUUUGUGUCGUCGUCGAGUACUCCCGAAGAGAAACUAGGCAGCGGUUAUUGUUAUCAAAGCCUAGGGUUUGAUGGAAACGUGUACGUCAAGUUAUAUCACGGACGUGAGAGUUACAAGAUGAACAAAGGGAGAUGGAGAGCGGCAGACUUAGGUAUGGCUCGGGAAUGGAUUUCCUCAUCAUCUUUUUGUGUGAUAGAUAACGUCUUGUAUGGCUCUACCUCCGGGAAGAUCAAGUGGUACGACUCCCGGAUAAAACUUUGGGAAACAGUAAAGGGUGAUCUGGAAAAUUUGUCUAGGUUUCCUGGUGAUGUUACUCAAUUGGCAAAUUACGGUGGAAAGUUGGCGGUUUUGUGGAACCGUGACAAGGACCAUAAAUCAAUUUCGUGUGCGGUAAUUGCGCUUGAGAAACGCCAAGGAGGAACGAUUUGGGGGACAAUUGAGUGGUUAGAUGAUGUGUCUACAAGUGAGCCUUAUAAAGUAGCCCAUCUUGUUGCUGCCACACUCUGA